GCGCACUCGGGGGCGAGCCAUGCAAAGAGUCAGCACCCUUCCGCCAAUCGCUCCCAUGAGGCCGCGACGCAGCCAAAGUCAGAGCCUAAAGAUCAGAAGCUCCAGCAGAAGCCUGAGCCGCGGGAACAGCAGCAUCGAGAGCAGCAUCGAGAGCAGCCGGAGCAGCCGGAGCAGCCGCAGAUCCACACAGGAGACGAAGGAUCAUGGCAUGACUUCAUCCCUCACUUCGCGCGGCAAUACGCCUCGCGUAGGGGAGGAGUCCAAGACUCCUGGGACCAGGUGGAACGCGAUCUUGCGAAGCGCCGGGCGUCCCUUCGCGGUGCCCUUCCAAAGCUGCAGCUGCUGUCAGCGAAGGUUCCCGCGGACUAUGACAGCGCGGCGGCUCGUGAGGCGAGCCUCCGUGCUGUGGCUGACAUCGAGGAGGAAGAGAGCAAGGCAGCUUCGGCAGCCAGGGACGCCUUGCAGGAGCUGCAUCAGACCUCAGCGCAGGCAGUCAUCAACAAGGCCAGCAGCUGGCAGACUGUGCAGGACUUGAUGGCUGGUUCCGAUUUGAAGGAUGCGCAUUCGACAGAAGAGGCAUUGCAAGCCAAGAUCCAGAAACUGGAGCAUUUCAUCAACAUGUCCCAUCGGAGCGCAGCUGAUUUCGACGCAACACGGGCGGCGGAGCUUGUGGACGCGCUGCAGAAGGCCUCAGCCAAGGUGGAAGAGAACGCAGCACAGCAUGAGCGCAACGCCAAGCAAGCUUUAAGGGAGGCCAGGCGUCACGCACUUGGCCAGGUUCGAAGCUUUGAAGAGAAAGCCAGAGCUGCUGUAAAAACCUGGAAGUUUCAUGGCAUCCAGGCCGUGAAGGCACAGAAAGGUGCUGAUUUGCCCGAACACCUCUACGAGAGCCACGAGGACCGCAUGCGGGAUGCUGUUGGUGAUGCAGAAGACAAAGCUGAGGGCGUAGUUGAGAAGCUGGAAGACAGGAUCCAUGAGCAUUAUGGAAAGCUGGAGGACCAGCUGGGUGAUGCAUCCUUCAACGCGCGGGGCAAAGUACUGAGGCACAAGGCGGAGCGGGCAGAAGAGCGCCUGCGGGAGCUUGCGCGAACACUCGGGGCAAGCGCUGCCCUGAAAGAAGCUCAGGCAGCUUCUCGUUUUGCUGCUGAGGAGAAGUCGUGGCGGGCCUCACACGCCCCUCAAUUGCUUGUGGCAACGCGACAGUCUGCAAAUGCUUCUGUGAAGAGUUCCUCUGAAGACUCUGAAGUCAUGGCAGCGCAAGCCAUGGAGCAACAAGCUGCAAAUCACUUCAAGAACAGCUUGAGCUCUCUGAGAGAGCUGUCAGCCGAGGACAUCAUCAGCAAGGCAAGCAACUGGCGAACCCUUCAGGACCUGGCUGCAGCCUCUCGACCGAGUGGUUCAGAUUCAUGGGAGGAGGCUCUCGAAUCCAACACCAAGAAGCUGGAGCAGUUCAACAAUGAGUCGCGUAAAAGCGCAGCGGACUUUGAUGCAUCACACGCAGCAAAGCUCGCUGAGGCUGUGCACAGGGCUGCUGGCCAUGUGGAGCACGAUGCGGAUGAGCAGAGACACAACAUGAAAGCAGCCAUGAAGGCAGCACGCAAGAACGCCCGUCAGCAUGUGAAGACUCUUGAGGCCGAAGCCAGAGCUGCUGCGAAGUCCUGGAAGUUCCAUGGCAGGCGAGCCGUGAAGGCCCAGCGGAGCGCUCGAGUGCCUGAGCACGUCUACGAGCGCCACGAAGACCGCAUGCGGGAUGCAGUGGGCGACGCCGAAGACAGGGCCGAGAAUGCUGCAGAAAGGUUGGAGGAAAAAGUUACUCAUCAUUUCGAAAGGUUGGAGGACCAGCUGGGUGAUGCAUCCUUCAACGCGCGGGGCAAAGUACUGAGGCACAAGGCGGAGCGGGCAGAAGAGCGCCUGCGGGAGCUUGCGCGAACACUCGGGGCAAGCGCUGCCCUGAAAGAAGCUCAGGCAGCUUCCCGUUUUGCUGCGGAGGAGAAGUCGUGGCGGGCCUCACACGCCCCACAGCAGCUGGAUAUGGCAGCUCCAGGCAGCCACCGCCGAGGACUUCUCAUUGCCUUUGUGUCCACCAUAUCCUUCGUUGCCACCAUGGCUUUCCUUCAGCGUCGUCGUCCUGUGAAGGUGCAUGCGCCUCCUCUCCUUGGUUGA